AUGAAUAACCGUGUUGAUCUGGUGGAGAAAAUCACUCCCUGGAGAGAAUCAUGGAAAGUGCAUGUUAAAGUUGUGAAGUUGUGGUACCACAAGAAUCCUGGUUUGGAUGCUUCUCAAAAUCUGUUGCAUAUGGUCUUAAUGGAUGAGAAGUUACACAAGAUCCAAGCAACGAUUAGAGAUCAGCUUAUAUCAAAGUUUGCUUCCUCUCUACACGAAGGGGAUCUGUAUUUGAUGAACCAUUUUACAGUUGUACCAAACACUGGUAUGAACAGAGUGACCACUCAUCGGUUCAGACUUUUGUUCCAAUACAAGACCUCUAUUGUUUCUGUGGUAUCUCCAAGGAUCCCGCAUUCCGGUUUGUGUUUGAGAUCAAUAGAUGAAAUUGAUCAAAUGACAACCGAGCACAAUUUCCUUAUUGACUUUGUUGGGAUCAUUACUGGUGUUCGAAAAGAAAGAGAUGUAGCAUCAUAUGGGAAGCUGGUCAAAGUAGUUGUGCUAGAAGUUUUCACUCAUGGCAAAAAGGUCCAAUGCAAUGUCUUUGGAGAUGCUUGUGAUCUUUUGGAGUAUGAUAAAUUACAAAAAUAUCCAAGAUCUCCGUUGAUUGUGCUGAGUCUUUUAAAAUCAAAGCAAUUGAAGGUUAAUAGAGUAAGAUUCUUUGAUGCAGGUGGAGUAGUUCUACAGAAUGUGAUCAAUGUCUCUAGGUUAUUUAUUAAUCCUGACAUUCCUGAGUCUGUUGAGUUCCUAAGCAGUUAUGGAUUCUCAAGACUUGUGAGCAAUGAUCUUGGAUACUUAGUUUCUAAAGUUGAUGGUGAUUAUUUCAAUCCCAAAGAUAUCUGUAAUAUUCAAGAUAUUCAUUUAGAUAACGGGGAUGCUCAUUACUUUGUUAUUGGGACAAUUAAUGAAGUUAUGGAUGAACCAGAUUGGUGGUACUACUCAUGUGUGUGUGGUCAUGCCGUUGUUGACCAUGAAGAUCUCUACCUUUGUGAUGCUUGUGGUUCAUGUGUUGAACAUGUGUUGGUCAAAUAUAGGAUUCGUGUAAAGAUUCAUCAUGGUGGGUGUGCUGUUUUGUUUGUUUUGCUUGAUAAUGCGGCAACAAAACUACUUGGAAAAACGUGUUCUGAAGCAUUUAUCGGGGUAGACGAAGAAUUCCCUGUUGAUCCUAGUGUGCUUGCAGUCUGUCGGUCAUAUUCUCCACAAAUGUUUGGUGAUGUUGUUGGAGAGGAGAAAGUUUUCAAGGUUGAAAUUCUUUCUGCAGUUGAUCCAGAUUACUCCGUGUCCUUUAAAGUUGUAAAUGUGUUUAGUAAUAAUCUGGAAGCAGCUGCAAUCAAUGAUUAUGUGAAUGCAAGGCUUCAUGAUCCGAUUUUUGCACCAAUCUAUGAUGCCUAUUUGCAGUAUGCAACUGUGAAAGAUUACAAGACUCAAGUAGUGUGUGAUAAUUCUAUUCAAUCAGAAACUAUUGAAGAUAUUAUUACUGAUCUGAUUUCACCCAAUCGCUGCUAUUCUGAUGUUGAGAACAUUGUAGUGUCUCAUGCCAAUGGGAACAAUAUAUUUGUUCUUAAAGAUCGUGAGGUUGUGCAACUAAUAAAGAUUAAAUGCUCCAGGUUCUUGGAUAAUCACCCAGAGUUGAAUCAGCACAAAAAAGUUGUAUUCAUGGUUGAUGCUAGGCCUGUGGGUUAUGAGAUGAAUCGAUCUGUGUAUAUUGUUCAACAAAUUUGGGAUGAUGCCUCUGUUAUUAAUGUUUUUGAAUCUGCUUCUGAGAUGAAUGAUCAUAAGAUUCGUGUUUUGGUUGAUUCUUUGCCUGAAGUUGAAGACGCUUUUAGCCAAUGUGGAAGUGAUCAUGACGCUGUGGAGGAUCUAGAUGCUUUUUAG